AUGGAAAGGGUUGAGAGAAUUCUUUUCAGCUCAGAUAGCAUAGAGUUCUUAUAUAAUUACAAAUCAGUUAAGGAUGAAGAGGUUAUAAACUUUACACUCAAUGUCCAGGAUACAACUCAAGCAACAGUGGACAAAUUAGAAUCAUUAAAUUGUGUAAGAAAUAUAAUUAAAAACAUAUUAUGCAAUUGGAAAAGUGCCAGACAACUUUGUGAAAGCAGUAAUCAGCUUAUGGAAUACUUAGAAUCUGUAGAAACAUCUCUUUUAAAAGUAAAAAGCAACAUAUCCGAAUUCACAGUAAAAGUUGAUGAUGUUAAGAUAAGAUUUGACGAAUUACAGGAUACAGUGAAGAAUUUGAAACAACUUUAUGAAUUAAUUUCGGUGUAUAUUAAUCAAAUAUUGAUCACUCCAGAUAUUAUUGAAAAAAUCUUAAAGGGAAAUAUAGAUGAAUACUUUAUAUCGCUAGUAGAGGAUAUUGAAAAAAGAUUUGAAAGAGCUAAUCAUGAAGGGCUUAGAUCAGAACCAUCUGUACAAGAUGCAUUACCUAUUAUAAAAUCUACAUUAAAUAUUUCUAGGCAGAGGAUCUAUAACAAUUUAUACAAUAUACUUGUGGAAUCAACUAAGAAACCUAUAGAAGGUUGCAGAUUCCUCAAAGUUCUAAACAAUAAAUUACUAGCUAAAGAAAAGAUGAAUAAAUAUUUGAGACAAAGUAAACUUGAUAUGAGUAAUAUUAAGAUAAUAUACUGCAAGAAUAUAUGCGAUAGUGUAUUGAGUAAGGUUCUAGAAGACUUUGUAAAACUCAUUAACCUCAAGAAAAAAGGUAUGGAUGAACCUAUUACAUACAAAGACUACGAUAAAACAAAAUGUUCUUUAACUGAACGUGACGAAAUAUUAUAUACAGCAUACGUAAAUGACGAAAAUAGUUAUCAAGAGGAAGACCUGAAGUCAAAUAAUUUAAGGAAUCAAUACUUUGUAGAAGAGAUUUACUACAAGACUCAUAAAGUAUUAUGUAAUAUAUUCCUUGAGGAAUACGAGUUCUGUAAGAGGUUUUUUCAAGAACCUUUAAAUGAGAUUUUGUUACAAAUAUUUUCACAAUAUCUAGACAAGUUCAUAUAUUUCAUUGAAAAUAAUUUGUUCAAAAAUUGCAAUGAUGUAAUGGGGAUAUUAUUAGCGAAUUGUAUUCGUGUAAAAGCAACAAGUUAUAUCUUAGAAAAAAUAGAUGACACUAAUAAAGAUAGUGACAAGAAUAUAAUCUUAAAGUAUUUUAAUAAACAGUCAUCAUUAUUUUUGAAUGUGUUUGAAAAAGCUAUGAUAUUCCAUAUAAACAGUUUAUCAACAUUUUCAAACAAAGACUUUUUGCAAAGUACAAGUGGUUCUCAGCAGUACUAUCCUCAUUUCAUACCUAGGAGAGUUGCAGAAUUAGUUUAUUUAACUUCAAAAUUAGCUGACAAAUGUUGUUCAGAUAUUGAAAAGCAAUUUAUAAGUAGAGUCUUAUCUAGGCUACAGCAGGCCAUUGCUAUUUGGUUAAAAUCUAUUGGUUCUAUAAUAACUGCAAGUGAAGAAUUUUCUCAAGUAGAAGUCAAUUGUAUUUUUGUGGUAAAUAAUGUCGAUCUAAUCUUCUCAAUUAUUCAAGAUGGCACUUUUUUAGAUAUUUUUCAACAUAUUUUUAGAGAAUAUAGCCAAAAAUAUAUAGAUUAUCGCUUGCAAUAUUAUUACCCACAACUGAAUAGGUACACUACAAAUGAAACUUUAGAAAUUUCAAUAUGUGAAUCAAAAAUUUUACGUGAAAAUUUCUACAAAAGUUGGGCAAGUAACUUGGACUAUGAAUUUCACUUAAUUGUUCAAUCUUUCUCCAAUUUCAGCACAGUAGAAGAAAUCAUUAGACUUUUUGGCACUACUUUAGCAACAAGAUAUUCUAAUUUCCUUAAUUGCAUGUCGAAAUAUGAUCAAGAUGAAGAUAUUAAUAAAUAUAAAGUAGAUCCUGACUUAAUACUAGAGCAUAUCCAGAAAUGUCUUUACCCACAACUUUAG